AGCGCAUCGACUGCCGCGGGCUCCGCUGGGCGAUUGCAGCCGAGUCCGUUUCUCGUCUAGCUGCCGCCGCGGCGACCGUUGCCUCGUCUUCCUCCCGGACGCUUGUGGGAUAUCAACCAAUAUCCAUGAGCAUCUAUAGGCCAACCAUCGCCAUCCUUCAAAUAUAAUUAAAGGAUGGAAUUAUGAAUUCAAUCUGUUACAUUUCCACUUCUCAACUUUAAACUUUGGUUGCUUAACACCGAAGCAAUCAUGGUGAACCUGAGGAAAGCGGUGCAUUCGUUCCUCGUGCACCUCAUUGGCCUACUGGUUUGGCAAUUUGAUAUUUCUGUGAGCCCUGUUGCAGCUCUAGUAACUGACAUUUUCAAUACCUCCGAUGGUGGACGCUUCAAAUUCCCAGACGGGGUACAAAACUGGCCAGCACUUUCCAUCGUCAUAAUAAUCAUCUUGACGAUAGGUGGCAACAUUCUCGUUAUCAUGGCAGUAAGCUUGGAAAAGAAACUGCACAAUGCCACCAAUUACUUCUUAAUGUCCCUAGCCAUUGCUGAUAUGCUAGUGGGACUACUUGUCAUGCCGUUGUCUCUGCUGGCAAUCCUUUAUGAUUAUGUCUGGCCACUACCUAGAUAUUUGUGCCCCGUCUGGAUUUCUUUGGAUGUUUUAUUUUCAACAGCGUCCAUCAUGCACCUCUGCGCUAUCUCGCUGGAUCGGUAUGUAGCAAUACGUAAUCCUAUUGAGCAUAGCCGUUUCAAUUCGCGGACUAAGGCCAUCAUGAAGAUUGCUAUUGUUUGGGCAAUUUCUAUAGGGGUAUCAGUUCCUAUCCCAGUGAUCGGACUGAGAGACGAAGAGAAAGUAUUCGUCAACAACACGACCUGCGUGCUGAACGACCCAAACUUCGUCCUUAUCGGGUCCUUCGUCGCCUUCUUCAUCCCGUUGACGAUCAUGGUGAUUACGUAUUGCCUGACGAUCCACGUCCUCCGCCGCCAAGCCCUGAUGUUACUGCACGGCCACGUCGAGGAACCGCCCAGAAUAAGCCUGGACUGUCUCAAGUGCUGCAAGAGGAACCCCCCCGAGGAAGAGAGCGCUCCCAACCCCAACCAGGACCCGAACCCACGCCGCAGGAAGAAGAAAGAGCGCCGUCCCCGGGGCACCAUGCAAGCCAUCAACAACGAACGGAAAGCGUCGAAAGUCCUUGGCAUUGUUUUCUUUGUGUUUCUGGUCAUGUGGUGCCCGUUCUUCAUCACCAAUAUUCUGUCGGUUCUGUGUGGGAAGGCCUGUAAUCAGAAGCUCAUGGAGAAGCUUCUGAAUGUGUUUGUCUGGAUUGGCUAUGUGUGUUCGGGCAUUAAUCCUCUGGUGUACACGCUUUUCAACAAAAUUUACCGAAGGGCUUUCUCUAACUAUUUGCGCUGCAAUUAUAAGGCAGAGAAGAAGCCUCCGGUCAGACAGAUCCCGAGGGUCGCGGCCACUGCUUUGUCUGGGAGGGAGCUUAACGUUAACAUUUACCGGCACACCAACGAACCGGUGGUUAAGAAAGCGGAUGAUCGGGAGCCCGGUAUAGAGAUGCAGGUAGAGAACUUGGAGCUGCCGGUUAACUCCUCCAAUGUGAUUAGUGAAAGGAUCAGCAGUGUGUGAUUAGCAGUGCGGAAGCGGCAGAGGCCUUUCCUGCGGGAAAGCUACCAACGUAGAAAAAGGUUCUCUAAUUCUUCUGUCGGUCAUACCUAAUGUAAAUAUCGUCGUCCGAUUUAAAAAAAAAAAAAAAGUGUUUUUGUAUAUAGCUUUGCAACUUUACAAUCAUGCAUACAAUAGUGAGAUUUAGGGUUCUAUAUUUACUGCUUAUAACAGAUGGAGAAUAACUUAUUUUGAUUAUUCGAUGCGUAAAACGUUGAUGUUUCUUCCUUCCCUCCCUCUUUCCUUCCCUCCUUCCCCCGCCCCCCUCUCUCUGUCUCUCUCUCGCCCACUCACUCUUGUGCGUAAGGAAAUGUCGAUGUUCAUCUCAGGUGGCGUUUGCGUGAGACCAGAAUGAUGUACGGGGACAGUGGUUACACUUCAGCCACACCAAAAUUGACAAUUCGCUGGACUCUUUUCCCGGGUUAACAGUAAAUAUACGCUUUAAACUCUUGCUCUGCUCAUCUACACACAUCAACGUAGUAAGAUAGGUUCUGCCUUCUGAUGACCUUAUCACACCUAUUCGCGACGUCAAAGGUAGAACUUAGCCUCGUUGUCACAUACAGGGGCAAAAUUUGACAUUGUCAGAAUGUCGUGUUGGUAUUUUACUGCAAUGUCCGUCCCCAAACAUAGUGGUCUUUUAACAUAGCAGCUGGAUGACCAGGACUACGGAAGUGGAAGGCUGAUACGAGAUAUAUACACCAAUAGCUUUUCACUUCUCAAGGACAAUGUUCAAAUUCUGAUUACAAUGCCAAGCAAACUGGAAUUAACGUCUUCAUUCUGGUCCUUAGUAAAUACCUAAUUCUGUGAUGAAACUGGGGAAUGAGAUCCCAGAGUUAUUUCCCAAUCCAGGAUUCAACGUCGAUUGGGUUUUGAUCUCCGAAUCCUGGAAAUUCGUGUGCUACACACAAAGUGAAAUUUGCAUUUUGAGCCUUAUUAAAGUAUUUUCAUAAUUACGGUACCUCUGUCUAUAGGACCCAAUUUAGCAGUCCAUUUUUGAGUAAAACUUGCGCAGGAAGAGCAUAGGUGACCAAAACCUUGGAAGUUUUACUUGAUUAAGGACUACAGAAUUAGGCCCUUAGAAUGUGAAAAAAAAAAAAAGUAAUUAAAAAACAAGCUUGUACUGAACUCUGGGAAAAACAGAAAUACAGAGUUUCCAUUCGGAUUUUAAACAAAAUGUAUCUCAUUUUCAGAUCCUUCCAAGCUCUCGUGCAGGAAGAGGCUGCAGCUAAUUUGUGAAAGUGGAAAGCUCUUCAUUGUCCUGCAGUUGUGUAGCAGAGGUUUAAAUCUUUGUUAAAAUAUAGCGUUGUGUCACAAUAAGUGUUGGCCAUCGUUUCCAUUCGUGGGCCUGCUGCUCUAAGAAUUCAGCGCCAUUUAACUUGUUUGCUAACCGUGAGAGGUUUUCAAGCACUGCUAAAGUCAGACCAUUAAGUCUACGCUGUGUUCCGAGUAUACAAGCGUUUCCAGUGACUAUCUUUCCAUGUGUGUCCAUUUCACACGACUGUGGAUCAAUUUCCCGAAGAAUGCAUGAUGCCAUCUCUGAUGCCUGACAGUUACGCGCCUUAGCGUGUGCUUCUCGGUUGGUGAAGGCAGAAUCUGAAUUUCAAAAACCCCUGGUCGAUGUUCUCAACACACAGCGUAGAUAAAUCCAACCGUCUGCCACCAGGGCAGUGGGAGAGCUGCUGUAUUCGAGGAAACUCAUACAGUCUCUACUCGAUGAGCAACACUGCCGAAUAUCCGUCAAUCGCUUGAGCAUGCCCAAAUCUGACAUGAAAGUCAAGUCUACCUGCCUGUUCUAGCUCUGUCGAACCGCAUGUUAAACCAAUUAUAAGAAACGGAACGAGACGAUCUAAUUCUUACUGACACGAAAAUGUCUGAAGACACCCAGCAUGCAUGAAGCACGAGUUCUGCAAUACACAUGGUGUCCCUCAUGUAUGCUGUGUAUGUUGCAUGAAUCCAUCGAUUUGUGUUGAGGCGGGACAGAGUAGGUGAUCUUAACAGGACUGGAGAAAAUCCUUCAGCAGUCCUUAACACGACUGCGCAUUCAGAUCUGAAGUAUUGUGACUAUUGGAGAAAAUUGGAAACAUCUGAUUUCUUAACUAGCAGGGCAAGCUCGUAGCACAUGUUUUACAAAGAAAAAAAAAAUACAAACCACAGAUUUUCAAAAGCACUAGCAAUAAGUUGAAUGAUAAUAGCUUAUAGCACAUUUGUUAAUAAUCCUUAUGUCAUCGAGUAGUAGUACUUCAUAGUACCCAACACAGUCAUUAUUCUCAAAUCGUGUGCUAUUCGUAAGUUCUGUGCAGUUUGGUAUGAAACAAAUAUGCUCAUUUGGAUAUAAAUCUUACAGUUCAGUGUUAAAUCUACAAACUUUUGUAAAUGUUUUAAAAAAAAACAACACUCCAUGUGAUAAAUGUAAACGUGGUGAAUUUGCUGUCAAACGAAUCAUUUUGAUGUACUAUAUUCUAUAUGUUUAUCUGUUUAAGACACGUGCAACAGACUGCCGUAUAUUAUUUCCUGUAAAUCUUCUCCUUUGUCAAAUGGUACUUUUUGUGAGUGGUUGCCAAGUAUUGUCUUACUCGUGGCUCCUGUAUGUUAUCCAUUCCAGGUUUUUGUGAUACUUCCUAUUAAUUUAUUAAAUUUAUUAAAUGUUG